AUGCGAAAUGACAUUGCAGCAAACAUUAGACAGGGCACCCUUACCUAUCGAUCUCGGGAAACUUUGCUGGUGAAUCAAAUCGAUGGUGAAGAAAACGCUAGUGAUGAUGAUGCUGAUGAAAUGAAUGACGAAGAGGAUAAUGAGAUACAUAGGAUAGCAGAUAAAAAGUCUCGUUUUAGUCGUUAUCGUGAUCGAAUUCGACAAAGAAAACAGCUAGAUUUAAUGGAAAUGAUGGCAACUGAUGACCUGAACGAAGCAUCAAAAGACGAAGUGUAUACCGUUGAUCCACAGACAGUUCAUGAUAAUGACGCAACAUCAAUGUUGACGUGUGAUGAGCACAAUGCAGCAUCAAGUUCAGUGUCAAAGGAAGUAACCGAACAAUGUUCGUUGGAAGAACAUAAUGAUGAAGAUGAUGUUCACGAUUCGUUUCAAUUAAACGAUGUCGGUAGUAGCGACGGAAGUGAUAAUAACGAUGAUGAAAGUGAAGAUGAUGACGUGGAAGAAAUUUCAAACGCUCAAAGUGACUUCUAUGAUGAUUAUUGCGAAAAGCAAAGAUUGCCUGAUGCUACUGAGCUAUCUGUAAUUCGUUAUCGUGAUCGAAUUCGACAAAGAAAACAGCUAGAUUUAAUGGAAAUGAUGGUAACUGAUGGCCUGAACGAAGCAUCAAAAGACGAAGUGUAUACCGUUGAUCAACAGACGCUUCAUGAUAAUGAUGCAACAUCAAUGUUGAUGUGUGAUGAACACAAUGCAGCAUCAAGUUCAGUGUCAAAGGAAGUAACUGAACAAUGUUCGUUGGAAGAACAUAAUGAUGAAGAUGAUGUUCACGAUUCGUUUCAAUUAUAUGAUGUCGGUAGUAGCGACGGAAGUGAUAAUAACGAUGAUGAAAGUGAAUAUGCUGACGUGGAAGAAAUUUCAAACGCUCAAAGUGACUUCUAUGAUGAUUAUUGCGAAAAGCAAAGAUUGCCUGAUGCUACUGAGCUAUCUGUAAUGUUAUUUCUUUUUUUUGGAAAAGAUACAACAUAA